UGAACAUUUCUCUCCAUUUCUUUCCAACUCCCCUCGCUGCCUCUGCUCUGAGCCGCUCGUCCUCCCAGAGCACUGCAGCUCCUCCUUCCACCUCUCUCAUCAGCCGCCCCUCCCUCUUCCUCUCCUCUCUCCCCAUCUCUGCUAGGUGCAGCAUGUAUGUGAGCGUGUGUGAGGCAGCAGAGCCGCCUGUGUGUUUACAUGUCAGCCUAUCAGUGCUGCCGGAUUUAGCGCAUCUGGAGAGGACGAAGGCAUUUCUCAAAUGCCCCUCAGACAAGGGAUUCUCAUCGCUGCAUAUAUCCCUCUUUCCCAUUUGAAUCGAGCCCGUCUUGAACCCAGCAUCCCUGUCUCCAUGCUUUCGGAGGCAUUUUGAAUUUCCUUGGCAACAUGGAGCUGCUUGAAUUAGAAUUCUCUGCAUGACAGUCCUGGUAAAAAGUAGGAUGGUGUCGGGGGAGGCAGGAGGGCACAGCUACUUGGUUGCGUGCUGGCAGCCCAUCCUGAUCCUGAUGCUGGGCACCGUCCUUUCUGGAUCUACCACCGGUUGCCCCUCCCGAUGCGACUGCAACGCCCAGGAGCGUUCAGUCGUGUGCCAUCGCCGGAGACUGGCAGCACUUCCUGAGGGUAUUCCGACUGAAACGAGGCUGCUAGACCUCAGCAAAAACCGUCUCAAGAAUCUGGGACCCGAGGAGUUCAUUAAUUACCCUCAGCUGGAAGAGCUGCAACUUAACGAAAACAUAAUUUCAUCCAUUGAGCCCGGGGCUUUUAGCAACCUUAUGAACCUUCGAAUUCUAGGUUUGCGCAACAACCAACUGAAGCUCAUUCAGCUUGGGGUGUUCACAGGCAUGACCAACCUCACCCAGCUGGAUAUUAGUGAGAACAAAAUUGUCAUUCUGCUUGACUAUAUGUUCCAGGAGCUGUAUAACCUGAGGGCACUGGAGGUUGGUGACAAUGACCUAGUAUUCAUCUCUCCCCGAUCUUUUCAUGGCCUCAGCAACCUUGAAAGCCUCAAUAUUGAGGGAUGCAACCUGGCCUCUGUGCCCACUGAUGCACUUAGCCAUCUGCAUAACCUGUUGUCACUUCAAUUACGCUAUCUCAACGUCACUGUCAUAAGGGAUUACUCCUUUAAGAGGCUGUAUCGGCUCAGAGUGCUAGAGAUUUCUCAUAUGCCUGCCCUGGAUACCAUGACCCCAAAAUGCUUGUAUGGACUCAACCUCACAUCACUGUCAAUCACAAACUGUAAUCUUACCGUCAUCCCCUACCAAGCUAUCAGUCACCUGAGAUAUCUUCGGUUUUUGAAUCUGUCUUUCAAUCCCAUUCAUACUGUGGAAGGAAACCAACUUUCUAAUCUACAGAAGCUCCAGGCUUUUCAUUUGGCUGGUGGAAGAUUAGCUGCCAUUGAGCCCUAUUCUUUUCGAGGACUCAACCACCUCCGUGUACUCAAUGUAUCCGAUAAUAGCUUGAGCACCCUGGAAGAGUCCGUCUUCCACUCAGUCGGAAACCUGGAAACCCUGGCUUUGUAUGACAACCCAUUGGCCUGUGAUUGUCGCUUGCUCUGGGUGUUCCGCCGGCGAUGGAGGCUCAACUUCAACAGACAACAGCCCAUGUGUGCUUCGCCUGAGGUUGUGCAAGGAAAAGAGUUCAAGGACUUCCCAGACAUCCUUCCCUCUGACUAUUUCAUCUGCCAGAAAUCAAAAAUCGUGGAUUAUAAGGUUCAAGAAAGCCAUGUAGAUGAAGGAACUACAGUUCAUUUUGCUUGCCAGGCUGAGGGUGAUCCAGUCCCUGUGAUAAUGUGGCUGUCCCCUAAAAAGGACUACAUCACUACCAAAACUGUGGGGUCAAGACUUUCUGUGUCUAAUGAUGGCACAUUGGAGGUGCGUUACUCCCAAAUCCAGGACAACGGCACCUACACGUGCAUUGCAAGCAAUGCAGCCGGCAAUGACACCAAAGCUGCCCACCUAUUUGUGCAUAGUUACUCCCCCAAUUGGCCCCACCAGCCAAACAAGACAUUUGCCUUUAUCUCCAACCAGCCCAAUGAUGAAGGUGCUAAUGUGACCCGGGCCACAGUUCCAUUUCCAUUUGAUGUAAAGACACUCAUCAUUGCAACCACCAUGGGAUUUAUCUCUUUCCUUGGAGUUGUCCUCUUCUGUCUUGUAAUAUUAUUCCUCUGGAGUAGAGGGAAAGACAGCACUAAGUCAAGUAUAGAGGUUGAAUAUGUGCCACGUAAAGAGGAAACAGAGGAGGCCAGUCCAACUGAGGCAUCCGUACAAUUCAACAUGAAAAUCAUGUGAACAUCAAAAGGAGGCCGUGUAAGCUUACAAACUGCAGUCGGGAUGCAUACUAUCCUCGCUUCAAAUAUGUACUCAGUCUAUGAGUGAUAGAGAUUGCACAGCAGCAAACGCAUCUUGACAAUAUACCCUAAACUUUUUUUUUUUUUUUUACUUCAGGGACUGAAACUUUAAAAGCAAAUGUUGAAUUUCAAAUAUUCAGAUUUCUGUAAAUUUGUAUUGGCAAUUCUCAAUCAGUAUGUUAACAUGCACUUAACGACCCAAUUACUGCGUCUAACCAAAUUAAGGUAAUAGUUCUGAAUAAAGCACAUGGAUCACAGUAGACAGAUUUCCCCAAUAAACUAAGUUUACAUGAUAGGCUGGAUACUGUCUGGAAGGAAGUGGAGAUUAGCAGAGAAAGAGUUUUCCUAUUAGAACGAUCUUGCUGUUAGGAUCUUGUUUUUGUUUUUGGUGUCUUCUACUUUGAUGGGUGUUCAAAGCACAAUAACCCAAAAUAAGAUCCUCGGGGUGUGAGAAAUUAUUGAUACAUUUGAGUAUCGCAAUAUUACCAAUUCUCAAUAACACUUUUAAUUGUUAGUUUACAGGCAAAGAUAUGUGGCAGUGGUUCAGUUUGUGUUGUAUUUAAACCCCUGACCAUGCUCAGCCAUUUCACUCAUCCACUCCAAUGUAACAAUGUACACACUGAGACAGGAAGAAGUAAGCACAAAUCAUUUGCAAAAAAAAAAAAAAAAAAGAGCGAUGCAUGACACACAGGAGAGAACAGAAUCACAGGAUUACAUUAGGGAGCAGUUAUUGAAUGGAGAUUGGAAGCAAAAGAUACCGUCAUUGUAUCCAAAUGAAUGUCGCAGGUGGACCUGCAGACCUACAAUGUUUUGCACCCAGUCUGAAUCUUGCCUUGCAGGAAGCACUGAAAUUGCCAACAGUGUGACUACUUACCGGGAUAUCUACUAUAUCUAUAUUUACUGAUAUAGGUAACGUGAAUUCCUUUACUCAGAUUGCACAAAAAAGUAGAUUUAUUAUGUUGGAUGUUAUGGGAACUGUGGUACAAAUGCAGAUUCCAUUGCCCUGAUUGCAAAAAAAGUGAACUUUUCUUUUUUUAACUAAGAUUUUAUGCAUAUGAUGCUGUGUUGUUUAUACUAAGACUAAGAAGUUUUUCUAAAGUUAGAUUUUAAAAGAAAAAAAAAAUCACAAUAUAUCACCUUGCUUACAGUAUCGCAAUAUAUUGACUUGUAAUCCCUGUAAUGUAAUACGUAUCGUAUUACAAGAUUAUUGCCAAUAUUGGUCCUAUUUGAGCCAAAGUUCUGUUACUUAAAAGUUGAAAGUAGUAUCUCUAUUUUUUUAGUCCCAUCAAAAGCGAUUGAACAUGUCAUGAACCAGUCAGUUAUUCUAGGCGUCUGCAGCUGUAUGUGCAAUGUUUAGAAAAAUAUAGAGGUUAGAGAACAUAGUCAGAUAUUGUAAUAUUGAGAGUUGUAAUAUUACCAAACUUUUGCAUCUGAAUUCUCUGAAAUUGGAAUCAGUUGGUGGAAUAGAGUCUGAGGAGUGAGUGUAUAUUACCGCCCGUUGUGUGUCAGUGAGCAGUGGCCUUUCACUCUUGCCCAACAUCAUUAAAUUGUGUUUUGAUGUUUUCUCUGCACAGUUUUCUCUGCUGCUGCUGUCUGGAAGAAACCAUGUCCGAAAUUUCAAACAGUAGCCUUUAUCUCCAUUGGUCAUCACAGAGAAGUAAAUUUUGUCAAUUGGGCUUCAAUUUUACAGUCUAUUGGUUAUGAUAAGUGGAGUAUUUCCUUAAUCUGGUAACAGCUGAAUUAGAAGUGAGCAUGUUAACACACUGAAUCAGAAAAUCAGCCAGUCCUACAGUAUGUGCUCCUUUCUGCCAACAAAGAAAGUUUGUCAUUAAAUGUAUUGACAUGUUCAGCUAUACAUACUUUUUCUGUAUUUUAUUCUUUCCUUGUACAUUAUGCUAUGGCACAAUAGUAAUGCUUUUAAUGGCUGUGGGUUUUGAACAUAUUACAAUUGACAGAGCAGAUUCAAUCAGUAAACAUGUUUUUUUUAUUUAACUAAACCAAAAGAAAGUGUGCACGAGCACAGUCGAAAAUAAUCAGAUUAACAAUGCAUCACCAAGUGUAACAAAGUUAAUUUGUUUACCCAUUUGGCAGCUCAAUAAGUGCAAGCACACUAUCCAAGUCCUGCGGUUAUAUUGUCACCAGUGCACCUCAAAAAUGGUGACAUUAUUAAUUUGUUGCCUUAAGUAACCCAUUUUCCAAUUUUCAGCUGAGCAAUACCCAAUAUUUAUGUGCAAAAUGGGAGUUUUAUGCCUAUUAAGAAUUUUAUGUUGUCUAAUUAAUUUCACAGUCAUGGUCUGCUCUGAAGAUAAUGUGUUCAUUAACUCUUAAAAUACGUGUUUGAAAAGGGAUGGGCAGAUGGAAAUUCUAUUA